ACCGCAUCUCAAGUCAGACACAAGCUCUUAAAGCCUCUGGACGGUUUGCAUCCAGAGGAAAGUCUGAUUAGGCUUUAGCAGACAGUGUGGAAACAGACGCAUUACGUUGGUUCUUUCCUCCAGCAGCGCAGUGCGUGAGCCGCCAGCACCGCUCUUAUUUUCAGCGUCUCACUGACGGACGGUUAGAAAUGGGUCGCUACACUGGGAAAAGUUGUCGCUUGAUUUGCUUGCUGACAGUCAUGUCGUUGUUUUUCACGGCCGAAAUAGCGUCAGGAUACAUCGGGAACUCCAUUGCCCUCAUCUCGGACUCCUUUAACAUGCUAUCAGACAUCAUAUCGCUCUCAGUCGGCUUGCUAGCCGCCCGCGUUAGGCGCCGUAACGGAUCAAAGCGUUGGAGUUACGGCUUGGCCCGAGUGGAGGUCGUGGGUGCGUUGGCCAACGCCGUCUUCUUGGCUGCGCUUUGCUUCACCAUCUGCGUCCAGGCGCUGAAGCGGCUUGUUUCACCGGAGGCCAUCGACAAGCCGGAGCUGGUGCUGGUGGUCGGCUCAGUAGGUCUGGGCAUUAACAUAGUAGGGCUUCUCAUCUUCCAGGACUGCCGCUGGCUGUGCAGGAGAACCAGGCGCCGCGCAUCGCAGGACACGCAGACAAGCGUGGAUGGAGAAGCAGGUUAUCCAGAACAGACAGACUUAGAAGUAGACCCAAGUGAGGAAGAUGGUCAACCCCUCAAUAUCAGAGGAGUGUUGCUCCACGUGCUGAACGAUGCCAUGGGUUCACUCGUGGUGGUGGUGACCGCGAGUCUUUUUUAUGCAUGGCCUGUGAACAACGGGGAGCCCUGCCACUGGCAGUGCUACGUGGACCCUAGUCUGACGCUGGUGAUGGUGGCUAUAGUCAUGUCCUCUGGGGCUCCUCUGGUCAAGGAGACAGCAACCAUAUUGCUGCACAUGAUCCCUCGUGACUUGAACUUUAGAGGUGUCGUGGAAGAUGUGUGCAGGCUGCACGGUGUCCUCAGUGUUCACGAGGCCCAUAUGUGGGAGCUGACGAAGGGACGUUAUGUGGCCACCUUCCAUGUCAGAGUCACCCCUGAUCUCCACAGCUCCCACUCUGGAAUCAUAACCCUCCACCGACAGAUCAGAGAGGUGUGCCACAGGGUCAGGAUCCACAGUGUGACCGUUCAGCUGGAGUUCGGAGAACCCGUCCUAAACGGCACCAGUUGCAGCACCCCCUGCCUGUCCCCCUCCUGCCGGAAAAUCUCCUGCUGCCCAGCUGACGUUACAACGCUCAUAGCCUGCAAAGCAAACCUGUCCCUUUACCCCGAAUCAACCAUAGACAUGUAUGAUAAGAGCAGGCUUAAAGAACAGGAGGCAAUGCAAUCGAUCAGUACUUGCUCUUCAGUCACAAAGUUUUAACUGAUACUCACUGGAAGCUUCCGUUUGAUUUGUCGUUUGGGACUAAACUUACAUUUGUGGAGGGAAAAGAAACCUGUUAUUUGAAGAGCAGUUUGAAGGGGUAAGCUAGUAGUAUUUACAAUGCUUAUGUAUUUAAGCUUAUGUUUUUAGCCUCAUAUCUCCUAAACCUGUGCCUUAAAAUCCCUCUUGGACUAGAUGCAUCAUAGAAAUGCUGCUCAUGGUGGUUUUUGAUUUUUUCUUGUUUGCGCUUGUUUUCGUUGGUCACUUAUGAAGUGGUGUAAGCAACAAUUAAAACUGACAGGUUAUUAAACAUCAAGGGAACCUAAAAUUACAUUCAUCAAAGCAUCUCUCAGCUCUAAAAGAGAAGGCUUUGUUUUGCAAAAGGAAAAAAAAAAAGCUUUUUUGUACAUGUAUAUAUUUAAUUUGUAUAUACAAAUGUAAUUUUGUAGCUUCAGUACUGUUAUGUU